AUGCUACCGCGUGUUCCCCUGACCCGCGCGGUCGUCGCAAUUGCGACAGUACUCGUCAUUUCAGUCUUCUACUUCAACUCAUCAGUUAUCCCCCGUGUCACCAGCAGUCCCGGUGCACACACCACGGCUUCCUCCCAUCGCGACUUGCUCGAUGACAUCAACAACAGCACACUGGGUUUCCAGAACAUUUACGUCAUCGGCCUGCCGACACGGACAGACCGUCGCGAUGGCAUGCGUCUGCAGGCCGCGCUCAGCAACAUGGACAUAGAGUUCAUGGACGCCGUCUACCCCAAGGAUGUGCUGGACAAGGCGGUCCCGGCCAUGAGCGCCGACAAGCUCCAGGGCCCGCCCCUGGGGACGUGGCGCGCGCACAUCAAUGUUAUUCAUGAGAUUGUGCGGAGGAACCUGACCUCGGCCCUGAUCCUGGAAGACGAUAGCGACUGGGACAUCCGCGUCAGACAUCAGCUACGCGAUUUCGCCCUGUCGGCUCGCGCCCUGACCCAGCCCCUGCUAACAUCUCCAAAUUCGUAUGCCGACAGCACGUUCCCGAAGCCGUCGGACACGUCCCCGGCUUCCGUGCCCGACAUUCCGUUUGACCGCUUGCCUGCUACCGUGCCGCCCAAGGCGUCGCCUUACGGGGACAACUGGGACGUCCUGUGGGUUGGGCACUGCGGCAUGCAUUUUCCGUUUGAGGACAACCCCGUCAUACCGAAAGGCCGCGUGAUCCACAAGGACGACGAGACAGUCGCCCAGCGGCGGUACCUCUGGACGUUCAACAUCCCGUUCACCCUCAAGGAGAAGUACCCCGACCACACGCGGGCGGUGCACCACGUGCAGGAGGGCGUCUGCAACCUCGGCUACGCCGUCAGCCAGCAGGGCGCCCGGAAGCUGCUGCACGAGAUCGCCCUCAAGGACGUGAACACGGCCGUCGAUCUCCUCAUGCGGUACUUCUGCGAGGGCACGGCAGGCCGCAAGGUGCACAACUGCCUGACGGUGCAGCCGGCCUUCUUCCACCACCACCGCAUGGCGGGGCCCAUGAGCGCGACGAGCGACAUCGGCGACUACGGGGACGGCUUCCGGGACAAGGCCUUCACCGACAUGGUCCGGCACAGCGUGCGGCUGAAUGCAGAUACGCUGUUGGAGGGCGGGACCAACUUCACCGAUCAGUUCCCGGAUGUCGACGAGAAAGACUUACGACCUUGA